CUCAACAAUGAACAUUUGAUUCUUCAGGCUUUGCGUACAGCAAUAGUACGAAAGAAGUGGCAGAAGAAACGCUCUCUAUACUCCUUUUAACCCUCAAAAUGUACUUUCCCUGUUUUCAUACUCAGGAAACUAUCAGGGGCUUAGACAACUAUCCAGAUCAUCGUGCAAGGCGGAUAGAGGAGUCUCCUUUUCAACUUCUCACAGUAAGAAUUCUAAGAGCCAGAAAUAUCCAGAAGGCAGACAUACUUACUGAAUCCGAUUGCUAUGUAUGUUUAUGGCUGCCUACUGCUUCAAGUGAAAAGGUGCGGACAAUAACAAUUCCCAACUCAAAACAUCCAGUGUGGAAUCAAGCUUUUUGCUACAGGAUUGAUAGACGUGUCAAGAAUAUUCUACAUCUGAAACUCUGUGAUGAAGAUACAUUUACCAAAGAUGAUCACCUUUACACAGUCCUCUUUGAUAUUGCUAAACUGCAUCCCGGCCAAACUAGCCGUGUGAACUUCAAAUUGAAUGGAGAAACACAGGAAGAACUGGAUGUAGAGUUCUCAUUACAGUACAUUCCAGACUGUCCUGAAAACAUCGUCACAAAUGGAACAUUGGUGGCACGUGACAUUUCAUGUCUGGAAGUUACAGUGGAUUUUGAGAAGCUUAAGCAACAAUACACAAAAGGUGAUCUGAUACUCACAGUUCGAGGCUCUUAUGAGGAAGUGCAGAAGAUUCCACUGGAUCCUGACUCUACAAUUAAUAACCAAAUUGUUACUUAUUUUCACUGUAUGAAGAAUCACCAAUCAAAUCUGGAGGUCGUACUACCUAAGACACAGUGGUCAAAUCUGGUUCCAUUCAGAGAAAAUUCUGAAAGAGAUGCUACUGUGAUUUUGCCUUUAACUGAGCUCCCCAUAGAAGAGGAAAUAAUAUUAGGAGAGAACCAAGCUCUUAAUCUGCAAGUGCAGGAAAGUAAAUGGCCAAAAGACUUAGAUGUACGCAUAGAAUAUGACUUGUGUGCAGAGGAAAAGAGUUUCCUAAACAAGAGGAGGAAAUAUGUUCAUGCUAGUGUGAAGAAGGCUCUUCAGCUGCAGGAAGUACUGCAGGAUGAUGAGGUACCUGUGGUGGCAAUCAUGACAACAGGUGGUGGGACCAGGUCAUUCACAGCAAUGUACGGCAGCCUUCUGGGUUUGCAGAAACUGAAUUUGCUAGACUGCAUUACAUACAUCACAGGUUUAUCUGGCACAACAUGGACUAUGGGGAAAUUGUAUGAAGAUGCUUAUUGGUCACAAAAAUAUCUGGAAGAAACCAUUAGCGAGGCCCGGAAGCAAGUAGUCAAAUCCAAGUUUAAUUGCUUUUCCAUGGAUAAAUUGAAGUACUAUUAUAAUGAACUGAAACAAAGAACUGAAGAAGGACAUGACACUUCCUUUAUUGACCUCUGGGGGCUUGUCAUUGAGUCCAUGUUACAUGAUGAGAAAAACUGUCAUACCCUCUCAGAACAGCAAAUGGCUGUAAGUGAGGGGCAAAACCCCUUGCCCAUUUACUUGGCGGUCAACCUUAAAAACAAAUACAGUGCUCAAGAUUUUAGAGAGUGGUUGGAGUUCACUCCUUAUGAAGUGGGAAGCUUCAAGUAUGGAGCCUACAUUCGUUCAGAGGAUUUUGGUAGUGAAUACUUCAUGGGACGACUGAUGAAGAAGCUCCCAGAAUCACGAAUGUGCUUCAUGGAAGGUAUGUGGAGCAGUAUAUUUUCCUUGGAUUUUAUGUAUGUUUGGAGUUUGGCCAGUGACUCAGAAGAUUUCUGGUACAAGUGGACAAGAGACAGAGUACAUGACAUUGACACUGUGCUGGAUUCUCUUCCUGACAAGCUAAUGGAAACAGGAGCGCAUCCACUGUCUCUGGUGGAUACUGGGUUUUUCAUCAACACCAGCUACCCGCCCCUUCUGAUACCUCAGAGAAAAGUGGAUGUUAUACUACAUUUAAAUUACAGUGGGGGUGGCCAGACCUUGAAUCUGGACCAGUUUUCAGCAUAUGCCUCCAAACAGGGAAUCCCAUUUCCCCACAUUGAGUUAAGUGAGGAAGACAGGGAAAACCUGAAGGAGUGCUACGUGUUCAAAGAUGAAGACAAUGCAGCAGUUCCUAUAGUGCUCUUUUUCCCACUAACGAAUGAUACCUACAAAAAAUACGAAUCUCCAGGUGUGGAACGGAGCCCUGCAAAUAUGGCAGAGGGCAAUGUAGAUGUCUCCAGUAUUUUUUCCCCAUUUACUACAAGGGAGGUCAGUUUCUCAGAGAAGAACUUUAACAGAUUGGUGAACCUGACUGAAUACAACAUCCUGAACAAUGAGAAGAAGAUCCUUGACGCUUUGCGUUUGGCAGUGGAGCGAAGAAAACAACAGCGGCAGCCGCAGUGCUGCAAGUUUUCAGCUGCAUUUCUAAAUACUUCUGACUAGGGAGGGAGCAGUGAGACUUGCUCCUGAGCGA